AUGAUGCCGCACGGCGCCGCCUACGAUGACGGCGAGCUGGAGAUCUCUCUGGCUCCCUCUGCGAACCGACGCGCACAGAAUAAACCCGCCGACGCCAGCGGUCGAGUGCCCAACGGCGGUAACAUUCGGCAACACCAGAUUCCAGCUGUUCCGCAGAAAAAGGCUGAGCAGCGUAUUGGCGCCUACCACAUCAUCCGCACGCUGGGUGAAGGGUCCUUUGGGAAGGUCAAGCUGGCUACACAUCGUGUUACCAAUCAGCAGGUUGCACUCAAGAUCAUUGCGAGGAAGAAGCUCAUUAGUCGUGAUAUGGCCGGUCGGGUGGAACGAGAGAUUGAAUAUCUGCAGUUGUUGAGACAUCCUCAUAUCAUCAAGCUGUGAGUUUGGAGUUUCAUUUUGGUGGGUUGAAGGAAUGUUUUUACUGACGUAGUGAUUUACAGGUAUACCGUCAUCAAAACGCAGUCUGAAAUUAUUAUGGUCCUCGAAUAUGCCGGCGGUGAACUCUUUGAUUAUAUUGUGCAGAAUGGGAAGAUGAAGGAGGAUGAGGCGAGGAGGUUCUUCCAGCAGAUCAUAUGUGCCGUCGAAUACUGUCACCGACACAAGAUUGUGCACCGCGAUCUAAAACCAGAGAAUCUACUUCUGGACGAGAACCUUAAUGUCAAGAUCGCCGAUUUUGGGCUCAGCAAUAUCAUGACGGAUGGAAAUUUCUUAAAGACGAGCUGUGGAAGUCCGAAUUAUGCCGCCCCGGAAGUGAUCAAUGGGAAGUUAUACGCAGGUCCGGAAGUCGACGUUUGGAGUUGUGGGGUCAUAUUAUACGUCUUGCUGGUGGGAAGAUUACCCUUCGACGACGAACAUAUUCCUUCUCUCUUCGCUAAAAUCGCCAAAGGCCAAUAUGUGGUUCCCAAUUAUAUGAGUUCUGGAUCAGCGGCACUGAUCAAAAAGAUGUUGGCUGUGAAUCCCGUCCACCGAGCUACGAUCGAUGAUAUACGUCUGGAUCCUUGGUUUGUCAAGAAUCUGCCGGCGUACUUACAGCCUCCGGUAGAGGAAUUUAUCGAUACGGGAGUGGAUCCUAUGAAAGCUAUUACACCGAAAAAUAUAGCACCCCAUGCUAGCCCUGGGGUGCAGGAGAAGCUACAUAACCAAGUUACGGAGAAGAUUAGUAAGACUAUGGGAUAUGGGAUUAAGGAUGUACAGGAAGCAUUGGCUGCUGAGGAGCCGUCUGCGAUCAAGGAUGCGUAUUUGAUUGUCAGAGAGAACAAGCUGAUGCAGGCGAAUCGUAAGUACACUUUCAAACUUUUUGAGAUCUCUCCUCGAAUUUCCGUCAAGAAUAUGAAUCUCCAAUUUUGGAGGUCAUGAACAGGGCUGAUUUAAGAUAGCAAAUCUUUCGGAUGAUAAAGGACAAAUGUUAUUCCAAGUACCUUCUCCACCAGCUUGGAACGAUGGUAUCAAGCUGGAGAACGUAGUUCAACCAUUUAAACCACCAACUGGUAAAGCUCCUGGAGUAGAACAAGCACUUCCAUUGCAAACUCGUCCGAGUUCACUCAUGGAUGCCAUGUCUCCACGUUCUUCUAGCUCAAUUGGAACUGAUAGAUCUAUUCGGCCGUAUGUGAGUAAAAUUGGAAUCCUACCAAGCAGUUUACCUGCCUACCAUCGCGACUUUAUGGAAGCUCGUAAGAAUGGAAGAGAAGCUGGCGUGGCCCUUUCAACCACCCAUUCGGAAGCUCAUGAGCCACAUCCCCAGAGUGAGGCAGAGAAAUUAGAAACCAUGCGCAGACUCAAUCCUCACUCUCGAAGUCAGAUCAAGCUUGAUGAAGCAAGUAAGAGACCUAGCGGUAUGACUCCAGUUCCACCGAGAAAAGCUAAGCCCACGAAAUGGCAAUUUGGUAUUCGAUCACGCAAUCAACCCUUAGAAGCUAUUGGCUGUAUAUACCGUGCUCUGCAGAAACUCGGUGCGGAAUGGAUAGUCGAUGAGGACUAUGAGUCGAGUGGGAGAGCGGAACAUGUAGAGGAUAGGUGAGUUUACACCCAUUUUGAAAGGGGUGUGGAGCUAAAUAUGCUAGGGACAAUGACCGCAGCUACAACUCGCAUGGAAGUGGUGCAUCUCUCCAUCACGCUGAAUCAAUGGACAACCGAUCCGGAAACGUUAGAUUUGGACGCGUAGAUGCAAACGCGCACUACAAGCUCCCCGCUGAUCCAUGGGUUCUUCAUGUUCGUUGGCGCAAAGACGGCAUGUUCCCUUGGUCCCCCUGUUACUUACCCACUUACUCAUCCUCCUUUCUUCUAGAUAUUCGACGACAAUCCAUCGCCUCGCUGAACAGUACCGGUGGCUCCCUCCCCUCCUCGGAACUCUCGUCGCCCCCAAAACAUCCAAAUAGUAAGUCAUCGCGGUCCCCGGAUCCUGUGGAUUUGGUGGUCAUGCAUCUGGAUAUACAGCUGUAUGAGAUGGAGCCCGGGGUGUAUCUGGUGGACUUCAAGUGUGCGGGGUAUGAGACGGCCGAGGGGAUGUUGCUGGAGGAGAAGGAUGUCACGAGUCCGUUUCCGUUCUUGGAUUUGGCGAGUAAGUUGAUUAUUCAACUUGCUGAGGCGGAUUGAUAAGGUGGUGACGAUGGGGUGAAGCAAAUGCGUUUAUGCGACUUUUGGGGACUCGCGAUUACCGGCGUUUUUUUUAUUUUUCCCCCAUUUCCUUUCUCUUCUCUUGUUUUUUUCUUGUGCCUUUGUUGUUUUAAUGGGCUUUUUUACCUACUUCCCCCCUAUCCCCCUUCCUUUCCUCGCUUGCCCUUUUUUUAUCGCUGAGUGAAGAGGGGGAUGGGAUGGGAUGGGAAGGUGGGAUCUUCUCAAGCGAGAUCCUACAUCUCGUCGUGGAAAUGGGAUGGGAUGGAUGGAUUGGGCCGGAAUGACAUUCUCGGACGGACGGAUGGAUGGAUGGAUUUGGCAUGAAUUGAAAUUUUCUUUUUAUGGGAGGAAAGGAUGGAUGGAUGGAUGGAUGGAGGGAUGGAUGGGUGGGUGGAUGGUUAUGCGGCAGGUGCUGCGGUACGCUACUUGGUUGACUUUAUGGUAAAUGCAAUGAGUGGAGAUAGAUGAAUGGAGGGAAUUGAAUGAUAUGAAUGAAUAGAAUGGAAUGCAAAUGAGAGUGUAGGAGUGAUGAAUGAGAGAUGGUGUGUGAGUGUGAGUGUGUGUUUGUGGGAUGUUGGAUUUGAAUAGAGAGUCUUUUGACACUUG